AUGGCUGAGCAAAGGCAACGUGCUUUGUCAACAUCAGGGGAAGCAUUGUAUAAAAUCCUGGCCCUAGAGAAGGGAGCAACGCAUGAUGAGAUUAAGAAGUCCUACAGAAAACUGGCACUGAAAUAUCAUCCCGACAAGAAUCCAGACAAUCCAGAGGCUGCAGAAAAAUUUAAAGAGAUCAACAAUGCUCAUGCAACACUGACUGAUCGGUCCAAACGAAACAUAUAUGACAAGUAUGGAUCAUUAGGGCUCUACGUGGCAGAACAGUUUGGGGAGGAAAAUGUUAACACCUACUUCAUGCUCUCAAGCUGGUGGGCAAAGGGCCUGUUUGCAGUCUGUGGCCUCCUGACAGGCUGCUAUCUCUGCUGCUGCCUCUGCUGCUGCUUCAACUGCUGCUGUGGAAAGUGUAAACCCAAAGCACCUGAAGGGGAAGAGCAGGAGUUUUGCGUGUCUCCAGAAGAUUUGGAAGAGCAAAUUAGGAACGACAUGGAAAGAGAUGGAGAAACUCCUAUCGUGCUUCAGCCGACUAACGCGACAGAGAAGACCCAGCUGAUAGGGGACAGCCACCGGAGCUACCGCACUGACUCCUAG